AUGUGGAGUCGGAGUGGAGGCUCUCUUAGAGAGUUUGAAAAUAAAAGAGUUGGGAUGGAAAGGAAUGACUUGCCAAAGACUGUUUAUAUACCUGAGGCAUCUGUAUAUGAUGAACAGCCUAGUUUGGUGCCUCCUAGAGACUCUGCGAUUCUGCAGAAAGCAGUUACGGUAUUUGGAUACUCACCUGCCAAUCUUGAGUGCGUGCUAAGGCAGUUUAGGGAUCUUGGAGAAAUAAAGGAAAUAAGUUAUGGAAAGAACUGGAUGGACAUAAAAUAUGAAAAAGAGAAGUGCAUGCUGCACGCACUCCAGAUGAGCAGUCAGAUCAUAAAUGGAGAAAUGAUUGGAGUAGCGCAGAAGGCCAGAAAUAACAUGGGCAUAGGGCGGGUGGAAAAGAGCUCUCUUUUUAUAAAGCAGGAUCACGGGCUACUUGGAAGAAUUUUCACCUAUUUAUUCGGGUAA